ACACCAAACUUUAGGAAUUUAGCCAUAAUAAUAUAUAGCUUUGGAUAGUAGUUCUCCCUCUUCCUUGUAGUUUCUUGACUGCCUUCGUCUCUGUCUAUUCUUAUACUGAUACGAUUCAUCACGUGAAGGGUAAAUAUGUCUACUCAAAAGUGUUUCACCAAAGGUAGUGCUGCACCCGGCCCAGUCCCCAAAGGCUCCAUCAGGCUUUACAGUAUGAGAUUCUGCCCCUUCGCCCAGAGAACCAGAUUAGUGCUGAAUGCCAAAGGGAUCAAGCAUGACAUCAUCAACAUCGACCUGGCAAGCAAACCUGAGUGGUUCCUUAUGAAGAAUCCCCUGGGUCUCGUCCCAACACUGGAGACACCUGCUGGUGAGGUGAUAUAUGAGUCUGCCAUCACCUGUGAAUAUCUGGAUGAAGCUUACCCUGAGAAGAAGCUGCUUCCUUCCUCUCCCUUUGCUAAAGCUCAACAGAAGAUGUUGCUGGAGCAUUUUUCCAAGGUGGUGCCGUACUUCUACAAGAUCCCAGCUGGGAGAAAUAAAGGUGAGGAUGUCUCAGAACUGGAAGCUGAAAUGAAAGAGAAGUUUGCCAAAUUAAAUGAGUUCCUGGUUAAUAAAAAGACCAGGUUCUUUGGUGGUGACUCCAUCACAAUGAUUGACUACUGGAUGUGGCCAUUCUUUGAAAGGCUGGAAGUCCUUGAACUGAAUAACUGCCUUGUCAACUCAUCUGAGCUGAAGAAGUGGAAAGACUGCAUGUCGGAGGACCCAACUGUCAAAGCCACCACGCAUAGUGUGGACACCUACAAGGGCUUCUACAAGACUUACACUGAGGGGAAAGCUGACUAUGACUAUGGCCUGUAGAAAAUGAGCAGCCAAAAUCUU